GAAAGCCCACCAUUUUUUUGUGCCUUCCUCUUCUAGCUAUCCCCUGCAUCUUUCUUCCUUUUUCCUCUAGCCAAGAUUGAGGAGCAAAGAGCACUCUCCACUUGGAAUCCUUUUCAAUUUCUACUGUCCUCUUCAAUAAGGCACUUGAUUUUCAAGUAAGUGUAAGUUUAGCUAUAGAUUUGGGUUAGAGUUUUGGGGGAAAAUUAUGGAAUUUGUUAUAACAUACACAAAAAUUAGUUUAAGUGGUGGGAUAUGACUAUAAAUCUUUUGUUUAAGAAAUUUUUGAGUAUUAGAAUUUUUGUUUAGUAAAAUUUGAAAUUUUGGGCACUAGUGGAGUGUAGAGCUAGAAGUGGAUUUUGGUUGAUGUUGGAAUUCUUUGUAAAUUUUUAUUAGCUAAUUACUUGCUAGAAUUGUUCACGUAUUAUUGUUCACGUAUCACUGUUCACGUGUUACUGUUCACACACUAUACUUUAAUUUCUUUCAAUAGGAAGUUCUAUGGAAUAUGUGAACUGUGUAUGUGGUUAUUAGUGUGAACUUGAAUUGGCAGUACCAUUGAUGAAUGGAAACAUUAAAUGGGAUAAAAUUCCAAUAUUAUUUUGGAUAUAUUCUGAAAUUGUCUGACAUGUGUAUGUGUUUGUGGCUAUGGAGUAAGUGGACCUAAGCUUAAAGCUUAGGGUAUUUAGUGGAGCCUCCUAGGUAUUCAGUGGACCCUUUGGGAUAUUUAGUGGACCUCUGCGCAGUAAGGUUAGUACUGUGAUUAGCUUCGGUACAGUGUUGCUAGCACACAUCAAUGAACUCCAUAGCAUUGUGUGAUUUUCAGUUUUAUGCAUUGUGCUUGUGACAUCGUAUUUAUGAGCAUAUAAUUUUAUUAUAUGAAUUUGAUAUAAAUGUCAUUGAUUAUUUCUUAACAUGUGUGAUUAUGAUUUGAGAUAUUAAGUUAUUAUUUAAAUAUUGAGAAUUAUAAUAUUAUGUAGUUUGGUUUUGUUGUAUCUCAUACUCUUUGUAUGUAUAGGUUUAGGGGUCUUAGGACCCAAAUUUAUACCUUAAACUUUAUACUUACUGGGCUUUUAGCUCAUAAAAUCCCCCCCUCCCCAUUUCAGAUUCGUAGAUUGGAGUAGCAAUCACCAGCUGGAGAGUUUCGGUAGAGGUCCCUUAUGCUAGUUGUACAUAGCAGAUAGGAGCUCGUGCUUUUGAUAUGGAGGCAGAUCAAUGUGUUACCAAAACGAUGAUUCGACUUUUGAUAUUUUGAAAAACUUUUGAGAAGGGUUUACCUUCAUGAUUUUGUGUAAAUUACUUUUAUGUAUAUAAUAUUUAAACUAAUUAAAUGAGCUUAGCCCAA